GGGAGCUCCAAUUUGGUUUAUGCAUUCCAGAUAUAAUCUGGUCAAUGCGAUCAUCCAGGGAAAGUACCACCGCGGACCCAUUCGAUGGAGAAGAAAAGCUAUUGUCCUAGAAAGCAUCGUCUUCUCCUAUACAUUCCUAGAACACUGUACUUACUUCGCUUUCAGUGAAGAUGGAGAAACUUUGCUGAGUUGUUGUAUUUUCGAUUCAUCGACCGCCUAUUUGAUUCAAUGGAAAUAUGCUCCUCAUCAGGGACUCUUGCCGCUUCGUUGCCUUCACUGUGUUAUGUUAAAAUGCGAGCAACCCUUUUCGACUGCAUUUUGCCUUGCGGAGUGUGAUAAGUCUUUUUGGGUGUCCUAUUUCGUUGAACCUUCCUUCCCAACUUAUCAUCUUUCUCUCACCUUCAUUCAGCAAAAUAUGACAAUUAUCUAUCACAGCCAAUAUCCGUGUAAUCAUUCGUCCGCUUUUCAAAUGGAUUCGCGUUUAAUCACCUACACCUCCGAUUCUUGCUGCUCUAUUCUCCCUUACCCCAAUGAAUUUGAGCUGGUUCUCUGUGAAACAAACCCAGCAAAGUCACAUUCCGAGUCAUUCGACUACGAGUGGAAGUCCGCUCAAUCUCGUCGCUUUCUUCAAGAAUCGAAGUUUCCCAUCCUUUCUUCAGCAAAAUCAAACCUCUCCUUUCUCGCCUCUGCACCUCAUCGUCGCUGGUUCUCCAUCAUCUACCCGCAUCCCAACUCCCCCGUCGUUUUGAAUCUCGCUUCGUUUUUUAUCUCCGAUCGUGGCGUCGACGCGUUUUCCAGAGAAUUCCAGAACGAAACCAACGGAAUCAAGGUAGGAACAGUAGCAGCAGCAGUAGUGAGUAACGAUCCAGGUCAAAAUCGGCAAGGUUUCGAUCACAGAGCUGUGUGCUGCGUGCUUUCCGGGCACUUUUAUCCACUAUUUUUCGUAUUCCAUAAUUCAGUCCUAUUUGUGCCAUUCGCGCUGCUUUGUGCCACACGUUCAGCUCGCGUGCUUGGUGCUGGCGAGCAGCCUGCAGGCUUCUGA